GGGUUCGGAAACAACUUUGCAAGCGAAGCUCUUCCCGGCGUUUUACCCGUUGGUCAGAAUAGUCCUCAACAUGUGAAAUAUGGUUUAUAUGCGGAACAGCUGACCGGCACUUCCUUUGUGGAGACCCCAAGAGCAAAGAAUCGAAGGACGUGGAUGUACCGGAUCCGCCCGGCUGUGGUACAUCAAGGCUUCAAAAAGCUACCCACCAAUCCUGAUCUCGAGGCAAACUUUUCAACGCUCAAUCCCAAAGUAUACGUCUCACCAACGCAACUGGCUUGGAGGCCAUUCCCCAUCCCUGAUUCAACAGGAGAGAAGCGAGUAGAUUUCGUCGAUGGAUUAAAAACCAUAGCCACAGUACAUUCUGACACCUUCAUGUGUGGACAUGCAACCAAACUUUAUUCCAAUAUGUUCAAUUGCUCUAUGGGCGAAAGAGCAUUUGUUUCGACCGAUGGUCAUUUGCUCAUCGUCCCUCAACUCGGGACACUGAUAGUCCAGACUGAACUAGGGAAGAUGAGUGUACCUAAUGGGAUGAUUUGUGUAGUUCCACGCGGAAUUCGGUUCAAGGUGCUUUUGUCGGAAGGUACCACAACUGGACGUGGCUACAUCUUCGAAAGCUUUGGAUCAGGCUUUGAGCUACCUGAACUUGGACCACUAGGACAUUCUGGUCUGGCAUUGGAACGCGACUUUGAAUAUCCAAUCGCUAGCUUUGAGGGAAGAUCAGAUUAUGGUCAAAAGGAAUGGGAAAUUGUUUACAAAGUUCAAGGAGAAUUACAUAGCUGCCGACAAUCUCAUACUCCAUUUGAUGUGGUGGCAUGGCAUGGAAACUAUGCGCCAUUCCGUUAUGAUUUGAGUCGAUUCGUGAAUGUUGGUUCCAUUUCGGUGGAUCAUAUCGAUCCUUCAAUCUUCUGUGUGCUCACCUGCCCAUCUGCCAGUGGAGGUAAGCCGCUGGCGGACUUCUUGAUAUUCAGUCCGCGCUGGGAUGUUGCCAAUCACACAUACCGACCGCCAUAUUAUCAUCGAAAUUGCGCUUCUGAAGUGAUGGGACUCAUAAGAGGCGCGUAUGGAGGUCGCUCAGAUGGCUUUCAACCAGGAGGUCAGUUUGUAUAUCUUUCUUCAUCGUUUUGCUGCACUUUAGGACUAGACUCUCACUACAAAAAAUUUAAUGUAUGCCGUACAGAUUUCAAAAAUGAUUUUAAUACAAAAAUCAGAUCACACAUUUCAAAACUAAUCUCAUUACAAAAAUAA